CCGCGAUCGCUCCCCCCCUUCCCCCGCCGAGGCGAAGCUGGAGCCGCAGGAGAUCCGCCGGGCACAGGGAGGGGACAGGGAUGGGUUGUUUUCUCUCCCCCGCCCGCCCCGAGACCUAAGGAGAUGCAGCCCAAGUUCGCCGCGAUGACUCUGCUGCUGGCACCGGGGUUUCUCCGCGGCAUCGCAGCCUCCGGACCGCCUGAAUCCUGCUCCUUCUGAAUCGUCGGCGCCGGGUUAAAGCUCAGUUCUCAUGUUGUGGUUGCUGGGCUGCCGCGCUCCCGUUUUGCGAUGGGAGGUGGAGGAAAAGGGAUUGUCCGUGAGUCAACACCGAAAACGUGAUUAGGAGGAACUGCUUUAACUAAUCUGUUUCUAACCUUUCAGUCAAUGUUGGCCUGUGACCCCUCUCAGCUUUCACAUCCAGCCUGAUCAGGAUGAGAAAUUAUGAGAAAGUUCAAGCUGUAAACUAAUUCUGAGCCAAGCAGCAUUUGUUUACUUGUUGAAAUGUGUCCGUGCAAGACGUCUGCAGUCUGUCUGAUUUCCAGGAUCGAGCCGAGUGCCUGUGAGUUGCUGUGGGACAUCUCAGCUGCUGUGGCAAAAUACAAUGCUCUUAUUUGUGGUCUGGGGAGAACUUUAUAUACAUAUAUGUAUACACACACAUUUGUUCUGAGGGCUUCCUCAUCAGACUCCAGCAGAUUCUCACAAUUGUUUCACAUUUCGUCAGAUAUUAAUUACUCUGUUUGCUGCUCUUUUUUUCCCCCCUAAAUGCCCACAAAUCUGCAGUGUUGCAACCUACCUGUAGCGUUAGGUGGGGAGACUCUGCUCUCUAGAUAUGUAAAGCAGCCGUAUCUGCAUGAAUCGCUGGAUUUCCUAGCAGCAUGUUACAGUAGUUAUUGCUGAUACGAAUAACAGGAGGGUGCAUAGUCCUUGUGAUGGAAACACAGCUAGUACUUCAAUUAAGAAGAUAUCUUUUCGAAUUUGAUAAAUCUUGUGCAAUAUCCGGUGUCUCCCUCUGUUGUGGCUUUGGAAAAACUGCUUGGUCAACAGGAUCCUUUAGCUGCUUCUCGGGGACUAAAGCUUUCUCCUCCUGCUACUGUUUUUUUGCUUCAGUUAAGGAAGAAUUAAUUGUUGAACAUCUGCAGUCCACCAAAAAUUUCAGUAUAUAAAAAUGUCUCCCCGUGGGGCGGAGGGGAGUACGUGUUUGCCCCUGUGUGUAGGUUAAUGCAUGUUUGUGUAGACGCCGUGUGCCUGUGUGUGCAUGCUCUGGGAAUGGAGGAAAGAAGGAAUCACACACACACACACCCCAGCAGUCCUUUUAUUUUUUUUUUUUUGGUUUGUGCUAGCAUCUACCUCCGUAGUUCUGCAGUCCGUGUAGUGCUGAUAUUUCAUCUCAUUUAAAAGUUUCCUGUAAUACUUUGCCCAGAUUUAAAGAGGGGUGAGAAACCAGUUUGCUGCUGGGGUUGCACUGGCUGCUGGCUGGUUUGCGGGCAGGUUGGUGGCAGUGAUGUGGCACUGUGGGCAGCCAGAAGAGCUCCCAAGACGCCGGCACGGAGCCUUCGCCUGGCGCCGACUCUCCCGAGGGUCCCUCAGAGCCCCUCUCCCUCCCGGGGCUCGUCCCUCACUCCACCACUUCAGCGCAGCUCACCGGAGGUCGGGACGUGCUGCAUCGCUCCCAAAGUUUUAGAAAGGCUCCAGCUUAAUCACGCCGACACAUUUCAGCGGCUCCAUGCAUUACACAGGCAUUUAAACCUCCUGCGCUCCACGGGGUUUUUUUUGCUGGGAAUUACUGAAAUGCUGAAUAAUGGAGAAGGUGAAUUGCGUCUUUGCUUCUGUCAGGGUUAGACGUACCUGCUGCAGGCUGGGCUGUGUUGGUAGCCCAGGCAGUCCCUCUUCAGAAAUGCUGUAAAUAAGAUUCUGUACUAUUCCACCUCUCACAGCCCAAGUUUAACCCAGCACCAUCUUUUAGAUCAGACACAGAUCUGACAACAGAUGAUGUUUAACUCCCUUUUCAGCUCAGGUUUCCCACCUCAAUUUAAUGACAUGGGCUGUGCUCCAUACGUAAGCACCAAGGGACAGCGGCCACCACAGGAGGUUUAGACCAUUCUUAAACUUGGCUUCAAAACCCUCCAAGCUGCCCAUCACCAUGCGAUUUCAGACAGCUGGUUUAAUGUCGGUUGCAUCCAAAAACUCAACUGCAAAAAUGAGGAAAGUAAAAAUUAGAUGAUUCUGUGACCCACCAUUCCUUCAGAGAUACUUUAUGGUCAUAUGCUUCCAGGCACGUGUGUCUAAUUAAGACAUUUCACAUGCUUUAUGUUGUCUUUACCAAUAAUUAAGAAGAGGUUUAAUUCAAAUGAAACACUGAUAGUUAUCUGUGCUGUUUAAAAACUUGCAUUUAUUCUUCAGUGCUGGUUGAAACAAUGACUUCUGUAAGUCAAUAUUCCUUGAAGUUUGAGGUUUUUCUCACUUGAAAUUGUUUGUUUCCAGACCACAACACUGGUCUCCCUAUGGAGACUGUUUGUAUUUGGCUUUGAGGUCCCAUGGAGAAGCUGAGGAGGGGGAUGGCUCUUCAUAUCCAUGAAGCCUGGAUACUUCUGUUUGUGCUCCCUGGUUUGGUCACUCCAGCUGCCAUCAAUCAUGAAGACUACCCUGCUGAUGAAGGGGACCAGACCUCCAGUAAUGACAAUCUGAUCUUUGAUGAUUACCGGGGGAAGGGCUGUGUGGAUGACAGUGGCUUUGUGUACAAACUGGGAGAACGUUUUUUCCCAGGCCAUUCCAACUGUCCCUGUGUCUGUACUGAGGAUGGACCUGUUUGUGAUCAACCAGAAUGCCCUAAAAUCCACCCAAAGUGCACAAAAGUGGAACACAAUGGAUGCUGUCCAGAAUGCAAAGAAGUGAAAAACUUUUGUGAAUAUCAUGGGAAAAAUUACAAAAUCUUGGAGGAAUUUAAGCCCUCGCCAUGCGAAUGGUGUCGCUGCGAGCCCAGCAAUGAAGUUCACUGUGUUGUAGCAGACUGCGCAGUCCCCGAGUGUGUCAACCCAGUCUAUGAACCAGAGCAGUGUUGUCCUGUCUGCAAAAAUGGUCCCAACUGCUUUGCGGGCACCACGAUAAUCCCCGCGGGCAUCGAGGUGAAGGUGGACGACUGCAACAUUUGCCACUGCCACAACGGGGACUGGUGGAAGCCGGCACAGUGCUCCAAGCGCGAGUGCCAGGGCAAGCAGGCUCUGUAGCAGCGCCCCCGGCCAACAACCCGCUCAUGGUGAUGGUGAUGAUGGUGAUGAUGGUGAUGAUGGUGAUGAAGGAACGGCUUCGACCUCCCGCCGGCUGCAGCAGGGUCAGCAGCAAGCCCUGCGAGGGUGCCACACGAGCAGAGAUCGGUACCUGUGGGGAAGGAAGGGUCUCCCCUGCAGCUCCUGUCCCGCUUUACACACUCCCUAGCCGGUGUGCAGGUGUGUGCUGUGCUGUGGGAAUCACCAGGGCUCGCUAGGGACGCGCUGCUGGGACUGGGGAGGACAGCAGGAAAACAGCCCUCGCACCUUCCCGGCCCAGCGAUGCCUCCGAGGUGCCAAUCCAUUCACUGCUCUCACUUUCUACAGUGUGGAUCAUGGGGUUUUUCACAUUUAUUUAUUUGAAGGUUUUUUGCUAUUGUGAUGAUUUUUUUUUAAGUCUCUUCCUAAGCUGGGAUCAUCGGGACAAUACAGCUGUGAGUGGAGCAAUAGAUGGAGCAUUUUUAUUGUCUGUAAGCGCAGGUGGCACUAAGGACAGGAGAGAGGCAGAAAUUAAAAGGGAUUGGGGGGGUGGGGGGUGGUAAAAAAAAACCCAACUGGAAUGUAACCUGCAGCAGGACUGAGGUAGAUGCACAGGUAUAGACCGGACAGCCAAGACACGAAGCUGUAUCUGUGUUACACUUUCUCCACUGAGUGGGGACAAUAAAGUCGAAGACACCUACGCAGUCACCGUGCCCUUGAUGGGAGCGGAGCCCACAGCAGCUGCAUGGGCAGCCAACCACAAGGUGCUCCAUGAAAACAACAUCUUCCCUGGCUUGUCUGGGUGGGAUUCCUGGCUGGAGCAUCAGUGGGGGAGCAGAGUGAAGAGGAUCCCACCUGUUCCUGGUUCCUGGGCUGAGCAUGUGCUCACCUGCCUUGUCCCAUCCUGAGGCUGCUCUCGCUGGAGCCCAGGGCAGUGUUUCAUUGCCUUCAGCGACAGCAGGUCACAAUUACCAUAUGGAGGUACCCCACUCUGGAGGUUUCCAGGAAUGUCCCACAGCUGUGGCAGCACUAAACUGGCUCAGCUGGCAGGUAAGACCCUUUGCUACAGUGGGAGGGAGCUGCCCUGGCUCUCCUUGGGAGCAUCCACAGAGUCAGGGAUAAAGCAGGCCAUGGUGCAGCAGGGCUGGGCUGGGCUCCUGGGAAGGUUCCCUGGGGAAAGCAGCUGCUUUCUGUGCCUGCCUGCCAGGAGCAGAGGUCCCCAGCAGCCAGGGGUCCCCGUCGGGCUUUCCAGCACUGGGACCUUCUGCUUUCUCAGGCUGCAGCUUCCAGGCGAUUCUGUGAGAGAAAAGUCACCAAUGUCAUCUCCCUGCCCUGAGGCCUGCCCAGCUGAGCACAGGGGCCUUUCCCAUCACUGUCCACGCUUGGUUCCCUUUUUGGUCAGUGCCAUGGGGGUGGUGGUGCUCACUUUGUUCAGAGUUCAGACUCCAGUCCAGCACCUGCUCUCGACAGUGACGGCAGCAAAUCCUCCCCACAGCAUCCUCACCGAAGCAGAUCAGCACAUCAGGCUCCGUUUAUACACACUUUUGCCUUUAUACUUUUAUUUCUUCCCCGUUUUGGUGUUUUCCUGGAGGGCAGGGGUGGGAGGAGCACUUAGCACAGCAACUGCUGUCCUGUGGCUGAGCACUGGCUCCCUGCAGGCCGAGCUGGUACCAUUUGAGACGUUGAUGCCACAUUUCCUUGUAAGCUGUUGCCUGUCAAUGACUAUCCAGUUUCAAAACUUUCAAACAAUAGUGUGCCUGAAACUAGUGAGAAAAAAAAAAAAAUCUGUACAAAUGGGAGGGAGGGGUCCUAGAAAUAAUAUUUGAUGUGUAAAAGAGUAUAUUAUUAAAAAAUUAUUUUGUUAAAUAUAAAA